AUGUCGACGCCGUCCGACCCGCAAGCAGCUGCCCUCCUUGCUCACGUUGUCUCCCAGGUCCAGCGGGACGUCUCUUUUCUCGUAUCGCACGACUAUAUCUCUGCUGCCGAUGCUGCUGACAUUGUCUCCCGCCUACCCGACGCCAAGAAGGCCGAUGGCCUUGUCAACGGUGUGAAGAAUAUGGCUAUCCGGACGCCUCCUCCCGAAGCCAUACCCGUCGCGCUCACUGGACGUCGCAUCCCUCCACCUCCCGCUCCAUCCCCUCGCGUACAGCGGGCCAAGGCAUUGUGGGCAUACAACGAGGAUGGACAGGAGCCGAACGACCUGUCAUUCUCUGCUGAUGAAAUCGUCGAGAUCCUCGAUGAAACAAACACGGACUGGUGGACUGGCAAAUGCAGGGGUCGCCAAGGACUCUUCCCUUCCAACCACGUGGAGAAGCUCACUACACACUCUUCACCUCCGCCCCCGGCGCUCAUGGGUAUGCCCAUGGCGCCCAUGUCCAUGCAGUCCCCAAUGCAGCCCCAGCCGUACACGCCGUACAUGCCCGAGAAGGCUAGCUAUGCACCUACCUAUGGGGGAUACCCGCCACCACCACCGCAGCCUAUGAUGCAGCAGACACCUCCACCGCCCGUUAUCGUACAGACUGCUGCCCCUCCCGAGCAGCCCAAGAAACACAGGUUCGGCAGGCUGGGAAACACGAUGGCCAACGCAGCCGCUGGAGGUGUUGGUUUCGGAGCAGGUGCUGCUAUCGGCGGUGGUAUUGUGGAUGCAAUUUUCUGA